AUGUCUGAGCAGCCGUACGAGGCCAACAAGGAGCUUGCCUCGCUCUUCUCUGUGCAGAAGCUCCUCCACUCUGUCCAGGUCUACCUCGUGGUGCCCUUUAUCCGGCUCGCCUACUACCUCCUCCGCUGGUGGUUCGGAUACUCGGCCGACGCCCUGCCGCUCGCCUUUCCCACCACCCGUGCCUACGACGUCCACAAGGGCCGUGCCUUGUAG